AAACUCUCCUGGAUGACUUCCUUCUCACGUACACAGUCUUCAUGACAACGGAUGACUUGUGCCAGGCACUUCUGAGGCACUAUUGUGCUAAGAACUACCAAGGGAAAGAAGAUGAUUCUGAUGUGUCCUGUAGAAAACGAAAAGUCUUGCAUUUGGUGUCUCAGUGGACUUCUCUCUACAAAGACUGGUUACAUGAAGAUGAGCAUUUAAAACAAUUUUUAAAGACAAUAUACAGGAAUGUGUUAGAUGAUGUAUAUGAAUAUCCCAUUCUUGAGAAGGAACUGAAAGAAUUUCAGAAGAUACUUGGGAUGCAUCGUCGUCACACCGUAGAUGAGUAUUCACCUCACCGAAAGAGUAAAACCUUUUUCCACCAGUUCAGUCUGAAGGAGAACUGGCUGCAGCACAGAGGAACCAUGAAUGAAACAGAAGAAAUUUUCUGCCGUGUGUAUAUAACAGAGCACUCCUAUGUCAGUGUGAAAGCUCAAGUAUCCACUUCAGCUCAGGAGAUACUGAAGAUUGUAGCAGAAAAGAUCCAGUACCCAGAGGAGGAGUUGGCGCUGGUGACAGUCACGUUCUCUGGCGAAAAACAUGAAUUACAACCAAAUGACUUGGCUAUCUCAAAAUCUUUCGAGUCAUCCAGUCGUAUGUUUGUCUACCGAAAAGAUCUGACUGAUUCUUUGAACCCAUUUGCUGAAAAUGAGGAAUUGCAGCAAAAGUCUGUGAGAAUUUUGGGAAUCAACACCUGGGACCUUGCCUUAGAACUCACAAACUUUGACUGGAGCCUCUUCAAUGCAAUUCAUGAGCAAGAGCUCAUAUACUUCACAUUCAGCAGACAGGGCAGUGCUGAAAACACCGAGAACCUCAGUCUUCUGCUUCAAAGAUGCAACGAGGUCCAGCUUUGGGUCGCCACCGAGAUACUCCUCUGCAGCCAGCUCUGCAAACGUGUACAGCUAGUAAAAAAAUUCAUCAAGAUUGCUGCCCACUGUAAAGCCCAAAGAAAUCUGAAUUCAUUCUUUGCUAUUGUUAUGGGUCUCAACACUGCAUCUGUCAGCCGGCUGUCUCAAACCUGGGAGAAAAUUCCUGGGAAGUUCAAGAAACUUUUCACUGAGCUUGAAAGUUUGACGGACCCUUCUCUGAAUCACAAAGCUUACAGAGAUGCAUUCAAGAAAAUGAAGUCGCCGAAAAUCCCCUUCAUGCCCUUACUUCUGAAAGAUGUAACAUUCAUCCAUGAAGGAAAUAAAACUUUUCUGGAUAACCUUGUUAAUUUUGAAAAGCUGCACAUGAUCGCAGAUACUGUUCGGUCAUUGAGACAUUGCAGAAAUAACCAAUUUG